GAAGAGAGCAACGUUGACUACUCUCAGAGGGCACAAUGGCUCCGAGCAGCUGUGUUGGGAGCCAAUGAUGGGUUGGUCUCAGUUGCAUCAUUGAUGAUGGGUGUUGGAGCUGUUAAGGAAAACAUCACAGCCAUGCUUCUUGCUGGCUUUGCAGGCUUAAUAGCUGGGGCUUGUAGCAUGGCAAUUGGAGAAUUUGUCUCUGUGUAUACUCAGUAUGACAUAGAGAUGGCUAAAAUAAAAAGAGAUAAACAAGUUACUAUUGGUCAUGUAGGUGAAUUAGAAACUCAAAGGGAGAAACUACCAAAUCCAUUUCAGGCUGCUAUAGCAUCAGCACUUGCAUUUUCUGCGGGUGCUGUGGUGCCACUUCUAGCAGCUGCAUUCAUUAGGGGCUAUAAGAUUAGGCUAGCUGUUGUUGUUUCUGUGACUAGUUUGGCGUUGUUUGUAUUUGGAGGGGCAGGAGCAGUGCUAGGAAAAACACCAGUGAUAAAGUCCUGUGUCAGAGUGCUAAUUGGAGGUUGGAUGGCUUUGGCCACUACAUUUGGCCUUACCAGGUUAUUUGGAUCAGCUGGACUUUGA